UCAUCUGUGUUUUAAUAUCUUCCUCAUCCUUCAUCUUCAUCAGAUGUAGCUCUUCCUCACGCCCCAUGCUUCCUUCGAGCCAUUAAUGCAUUGUUCACUGCAGAACUGACCGAGUGAAGUCAAGAGGGUUGAGGAGAAAGUGAAUAAGGACAGAGUCUGAGGCAACACAUUCCUGUCCAUCAGCGCCACGGAAUGAAUGAGAGCCUUUGUGGAGUUUAAUUAAAGAGCGGGAACUCAUUCCGCGCGCGCGGCAAACACCGGUUCCCGCCCUCAGAGUGCGCGCGCUCCGGCUGCUCUGGCUUCAUUCGUUCUCCUCAGAUCAUCUGUUCUUAUUUUCUUACAGCAGAGAGGAUGCGGGUUCGAGUGCUGCUGAUCCUGAUCCUCACAUCAGUAUUAAUCACACAUGCUCAAGUGGACGUGUUCACAUGUAGAACUCCAGCCAUCGCCGAUAUCGUGAUCCUGGUGGAUGGGUCAUGGAGCAUCGGAAAAAUUAACUUCGGUUUGGUGCGGACGUUUCUGGAAAGUCUCAUCAGGGCCUUUGCAGUUGGAUCUGAACACACACGUGUUGGUUUGGCACAGUACAGCGGGGAUCCGCGGAUUGAGUGGCAUCUAAAAACACACAGCACUAAAGAAGCCGUGAUCGAUGCUGUGAAGAGACUGCCUUAUAAAGGAGGAAACACAUUAACAGGUCUGGCUCUGACGUAUAUUCUGAAGAAGAGCUUCAAAGCUGAAUCUGGAUCCAGGCCUGAUGUUCCUAAGAUUGUGAUUCUGAUCACGGAUGGGAAAUCACAGGAUGAUGUUCUUUCUCCUGCUCAGAAACUCAGAGAUGCUGGGAUCGAGCUGUUUGCUAUCGGAGUGAAGAAUGCGGAUGUGAACGAGCUGAGAGCCAUCGCCUCUCCACCAGAGGAGACACACGUGUAUAACACGGCUGAUUUCAGCUUGUUGAGCUCCAUCGUGGAGGCACUGACUAGGAACGUCUGCAAGCGCGUCUCUGAACUGAGCAGAAAGAUCAGAGGUGAGACAGACUCGUAUUCCACGGGGCCACCGGAUGCUCCCAGUAACCUUGUGACCUCUGAGGUCACAGCUAGGAGCUUCCGUGUGUCAUGGACUCGCGCUACAGGCCCGGUGGAGAAGUACAGAGUGGUAUAUUACACAUCCAGUGAAUCCAGACCCGAGGAGGUGGUGGUGAACGGCGAUGAGAACUCUGUGGUGUUGAGGUAUCUGAACUCUCUGACGGAGUAUCAGAUCACUGUGUUCGCCAUCUACAGAAACACAGCCAGUGACGCUCUGAGAGGAAGUGAGACCACCUUGGCGUUGCCGACGGUCAGUGGUCUGGAGCUGUAUGACAUCACUCACAGCAGCAUGAGUGUGCGCUGGCGGGGGGCAGAGGGGGCUUCUGGGUACAUGAUCCAGUACGCUCCUCUGACCGAGGACGAGCCCGCAGACGAGAAGGAGGUUAAAGUGUCUGACUCCGUGACUCAGGUUGAACUGGACAGUUUAACACCUGUGACCAAAUACACGGUGACCGUUUAUGCCCUGUACGGAGAGGAGGCCAGUGACCCCAUGACCGCGCAGGAGACCACACUCCGUCUGACUCCGGCUCGUAAUCUGCGCAUCUCAGACAUCAGUCACAGCUCUGCUAAACUCUCGUGGGACGCGGCGUCUCCUAAGGUCAAAGGUUUCCGCAUCGUUUAUGUGAAGACAGAUGCUGUGGAGACCAAUAAGAUGGAAGUGGGUCCGGUCACCAAGGUGUUCCUGCAUAACCUGACCUCUCUGACGGAGUACACUGUCGCAAUCUUUGCCCUGUAUGACGAGGGACAAGCAGAACCGCUGACGGACAGAUUCGACACCAGUGAAGUUCCUCUGCCGCUGAAUCUCAGCAGCACUGACGUGUCCACGGAUAGUUUCAGAGUGAUGUGGCGAGACGCAGCGUCUGACAUCUCUUUCCACAGACUCACCUGGAGACCCUCGGCAGGAGGAGAGACCAAAGAGGUUCUUAUAUAUGAUGACCCUAACUGGUUUGUCAUCACGGGUCUGAAGCCUGUGACUGAAUAUGAAGUUUCUUUGUCUGCGAUCUACAGAGACGAGUCUGAGAGUGAUCCGGUGGAGAUCAGCGUGACCACAGUUGCCAGAACAACAACAGUUAUGACAACGACCGUCAGAACGACUACAGCCGAGCAGCGUCUGGCCAUCAGGAAUCUGCAGCUGAGUGACGUGACGACCUUCAGCAUGCGUGUAUCGUGGGAACCGCUGGGUCCAAACGUGCGUCAGUACCGAGUGUCGUACAUAAGUACGCGAGAAGACCGCGCCGAACAGAGGGUGACGGUUCCUACGGCUCAGACCUCACUGCUGUUACAGCCUCUUCUGUCAGACACAGAGUAUUGCGUCAGUGUCUCUGUCAUCUACAGCGAUGGCGACGGGCCGCCCAUCACACACACUGCACGCACACUGCCUCUCUCUGCUCCCAGUAACCUGCGUGUGUCUGAGGAGUGGUACAACCGCUUCCGCAUCAGCUGGGACACACCGUCCUCGCCCACCAUGGGCUACAGGAUCGUGUACCAGCCCAGCUCAGCGGCCGGCCGUAUGCUGGAGACCUUCGUGGGUGAUGAUGUGAACACCACGCUGAUCGUCAAUCUGCUGAGCGGGAUGGAGUACAGCAUCAAAGUCAUCGCCACCUACACCACAGGAUCCAGCGAGGCCCUGAGUGGACGAGCCCAAACACUGUAUCUGGGAGUGAGUAACCUCAGCACGUUCCAGGUGCAGACCAGCAGUAUGUGUGUGCAGUGGGAGCCACAUCAACACGCAAAUCUGUACCGCCUCAUCCUGCAGUCAUCGCUCAAUGGUGAGAAACAGGAAGUGAAGUUGAGUGGCUCCACGUCCAGACACUGCUUUAAUGACCUGACCCCAAACACACUGUACACCAUCAGCAUUUACGCUCAGCUGCAGGACACAGAGGGACCCGCCGUCACCACCACACAGAGAACAUUUCCUGUGGCCAUGGCUAUGCCCACCACACCCAGCACCACCGCCCCCCUGCCCGCCCUGCCCGCCACUAGAGAAGUAUGUCGAGCUGCUAAAGCAGAUCUGGUGUUUCUGGUGGACGGAUCGUGGAGCAUCGGAGAUGAGAACUUCCAGAAGGUCAUCCGCUUCCUAUACAGCACUGCCGGAGCGCUGGACCGGAUCGGUCUGGAUGGGACUCAAGUGGCUAUCGCUCAGUACAGUGAUGACGCUCGCACCGAGUUCAAGCUCAGCUCAUACAAUAAUAAAGAAAACCUGCUGGACGCCAUUCAGAGGAUCUCAUAUAAAGGAGGAAACACAAAGACCGGCCGGGCGAUGCAGCACGUGAAGGAUUCUCUGUUCUCGGUGGUGGGCGGAGCUAGAAGGGGUGUGCCUAAAGUCUUGGUGGUGCUGACGGAUGGCCGUUCCCAAGACGACGUGCUCCAGGUUUCCCAGGAGAUCCAGACGGAAGGUUACAUUGUGUUUGCCAUCGGUUUUGCCGACGCGGAUUACAGUGAGUUGGUGAGCAUCGCCAGCAAACCCAGUGAGAGACACGUGUUCUUUGUGGAUGACCUGGACGAUUUCAGAAAGAUUGAAGAGAAACUCAUCACCUUUGUCUGUGAAGCUGCAUCAGCAACGUGUCCAUCAGUACCCAUGAGUGGCAGCACUUUACCAGGGUUCAGGAUGAUGGAGAUGUUUGGGCUGGUGGAGCAUCUCUACAGCAGUGUGAGCGGUGUGUCCAUGGAGCCAGGGACCUUCAACAGCUUCAGCAGCUUCAGACUCGGCAGUGACGCGCUCAUCACGCAGCCCACCAGGUUCAUCCAUCCGGAGGGGCUGCCCUCAGACUACACCAUCACCCUGCUCUUCCGCCUGCUCCCCGAAACACCACAGGAGCCAUUUGCAUUGUGGGAAGUCCUGAACAGCAACAACGAGCCACUGGUGGGAGUCAUUCUGGACCAUGGAGGAAAGACGCUAACUUACUUCAACACUGACUAUAACGGAGAUUUCCAGACUGUGACAUUUGAGGGGCCAGACAUCCAGAAGCUCUUCUAUGGCAGUUUUCAUAAGCUGCACAUCGCCGUCAGUAAGACGUCGGCUCUGGUGGUGGUGGACUGUAAACCAGCGGGAGAGAAGACCGUUAACGCUGCCAAAAACAUCAGCACUGACGGCGUGGAGGUUCUGGGACGCAUGUUGCGAUCUAGAGGAUCCAAAGACAACUCUGCACCGUUUCAGCUGCAGUCCUUUGAUAUUGUGUGCAGCACGUCAUGGGCUCGACGGGACAAAUGCUGCGAGCUACCCAGCCUGAGGAAGGAAGCUGAGUGUCCGUCUCUCCCUCGAGCAUGCACCUGCACUCAGGACAGCAAGGGCCCCCCCGGCCCCCCCGGCCCCCCGGGAGGCCCGGGCAUCAGAGGAGCCCGAGGAGAUCGAGGUGAACCCGGCCCUGUGGGUCCUGUUGGUCCAGUGGGGGACGCUGGUGUUCCAGGUGCUAAGGGGCCUCUCGGUCCCCCAGGGCCCAGUGGACGCUCCAUCAGAGGCCCUCCAGGCUCUCCAGGUGAGACGGGUCAGAAGGGCGAUGCCGGUCCUCCAGGGCUGCAGGGUGUUCCUGGCUCUCCUGGGCCUGCGGGACGCGACGGGCCUCCAGGACCGCGGGGGCCGCCGGGUCAGGACGGGCCUCAGGGACGAGUGGGACCGCAGGGAUCUAUAGGGGGUCCAGGAGCACCGGGGGCUCCAGGGAAAAAUGGCCCUCCAGGACCAACAGGAGACCAGGGUCCUCCGGGACCCCAGGGACCCAAGGGAGAGAAGGGCGAGCGGGGUGAAGUCCAGUCCACGACUUCUGUCCAAGCCAUAGCCAGACAAGUGUGUGAGCAGCUGAUCCAGAGUCACAUGGCACGGUACAAUUCUAUUCUGAAUCACAUUCCCAGUCAGCCGGUGUCGAUCCGCACUGUAUCCGGGCCACCGGGGGAACCGGGCCGACAGGGGCCUCCAGGACCUCAGGGAGAGCAGGGGCCGCCGGGAAGGCCGGGAUUCCCAGGCAGAAACGGGGAGAAUGGCCAGCCAGGAGCCAGAGGACCUCUGGGUGAGAAGGGAGACAAGGGCAGUCCAGGUGUGGGAGUCCAGGGACCCAGAGGACCUGCUGGACCGCCAGGAGCUCCUGGUGAAGGACGAACAGGAAGUCCAGGCUCAUCUGGUCGCCCCGGUAACCCCGGCAGUCCCGGCAGACCCGGGAAUCCAGGACAAGAUGGUCAGCCCGGCCCACCCGGAUACUGUGACCAGAACGCCUGCCUCGGCUACAACGGGGGAGAGCUGGACGUCGAUCCUGACCUCACUGACACAGAUGUUCCUGUAGUUCAACUGCCGCCCAGCUCCUACCAGCCAUAUGGCCCCGAUGCCGAGGACGAAGACCCUUACAGCUCCUACACCUCCUACUACCAGCCAAACUACCCUCCGCAGCGGCUCGUGCAGCCCGACGACCCCGUCAUACAGGAGGGAGUGGAGGAGCUGCGCUCGCCCGGCAUGCAGCGGCACACGGGCAGACGCUAGACGCACCAAAGCUAUUAUAGGACAGAGAUGAUGAUGAUGAUUGCACUCUGCUUAUUCCUGUAGUUGUAAUUGUAGUUAUAUUUAGGCUAUUUACGUUUCUAAAGAAAGUAGCAGCAGGUGAGUUUUGUCUGAAUGAUGAACAGAUUCGUUCUGAUUGAAUCAGUUCACUUACUUGAAUCGUUUCUUUCCAUCGAUCUGAUUCACUUGCAGAUCCAGUGUCACUCAUUGCAUGGGGUUUGAUGCUUGAAACAUAGCUGUUAUUGAUAUGAUUACAUAUUAAUCAAUAUGAUUGGGUGUUAUUUUUGUGUUUAUUAAAAACAAUCUUAUUAUAUUGUACUUUAAACAUUUUAAAACAUUACAAAAAGUUAAGCUUAGGAGAACAGUUUAAGGUAAUUUCAGCGCUCAAGGACAAUGGAGAAUAUUUCCUAUGAAACAGAUAUAUUUAGUAUAUUUCGAUCAGUAUGGAGGCUGCUCUUUCUGUUCUGAAUCUGAUCUGUUCAGCUCAUAGUGCCUCUUUAGUUUGGCUGAUUUGAAGGAAUACAUAUAUAUUCAUGUGCUCCUCAUCUGUAAUAAAACUCAUCCAGCCUUUCAAUCAUGCUGUUCUUCUACCAUUCCGCGUCUCAGUAUUUCAUUUCUCAAGAUGUUGUUGUUUUAUCUUCAGAGUUAUUUAUUUUAUCUCGAGUAUUUCUGUAUUUUUUUCAGUAUUCAGCAUGGUUUGUUCUGUCUUGUUAAACCAUUGAUUACAGUCAUUUCAUAUGUUACCUGUUUCUAGGUUUGAUAUAAUGCUAUAUUGUGAUGAUCAGAUUAAUCAUCAUGCAGGGCUUGUGUGGUUGAGAAUGUUAGCCUUGCUGUCA